CAAUCACGCUAUGGGUGAGGCCCAUUCAUAAUCUCGAGGCAGAACCAACAGUCGCCGCUCAUGAUGCCAAUUCCAUGGGUAAUGACAAAAAUGAGCCGCGCGCUUAUGUUCUCCUUAAAGGUAUUUAAAAUGAUCACAUUGUCUUUGUAUCAUCUGGGCAGGCGCUCCGCCGCUCCCUGACGUCGAGUGGGCAUGUUCCUUUGUUUCCUUGCGUUGCGCCGUUUCUUUUCAAGCUUCCAAAUUUCAAUCACAUGCAUCUACAUCGUCCCUAGCCCUUCGAGUGGCCGCCGCGAUCCGUUGACAGUCGCAUUACAGUCUGUUAUCGGAGCGCUUAGUUGCUUCAAAGACGACCUAAACAGCACUGCCACGAAGACCCCCGCCGCGCAUUACUCCGAGAAACCUCCGCCUCAGCCCGACGACAUGUCUGCCGCCGCCGCCGACGCCGCCGCUGCGUUCAAGGCGCAGAAUGUUGAUGAAUUGUUUGCGCCAUACUAUGCCAGGCUGAGAGCAUUCGUCAAGACCCGCCGAACGGAGGACAAGCCCCGUAUCUUGGUCAUCACAGACAUCGACCAAGACUAUGACGAUCUUCUCGCCAUCAUCUUCCUGAGUGAGAUGCAUCGCAAUGGGGUAGUCGAGAUCGCGGGAUGCGUCGCGAAUCACCAACCGGCUCAGAAACGCGCCAAAUUCCUUCGUACUGUCCUUCACUUGCUUGGCCUGGGCCAUGUCCCGGUUGCGGCCGGCACCGCUGGGGUGACUGAUUCGCAGCUGUCCGAAGACCUCUACUACGGUCUCAAGAAUACCACGUUUGAAAACCAGCCGUGGAAUACUAAGCAUUGGGAAUCAGGAAAUGAUCUGAUCAGGCGGCUUGCAGAGGAGACAAGGGUCGGCCAGAAUGGGAUGCCUAGUGUGCAACCACUUACCGUGCUCCUAAUCUCAAGCCUCCAAGACAUUGGCGAGUUUUUUCUGGACUACAGAGCCGAACCGGAAUUUCUCAGGACAAAUUUCAAAAAAUUCGUGUCCCAAGGCGGGUACAAGGUUGAGACUAGUAAAGACGGCUCGACCAAACUUGUGCCAGAUAUGGCGGCGAUGAACAACACCUUCAACAGGAAGGGGAGCAAAGACUACCACGACACCCUCGGCUUGCUCAGACUCCGGUCUGAUGCCUGGUCUCGUGAGGUUGCCAAGGCCGCCAAAAUAGACAGCAGCCUCAUGAAAGCCCUGUUCAGUUGCGGACCCAUCGGGAAACACCUGGAGUGGCUAUGGAUGCGACAGGAAUUCAAGUUCUUCUGGGACGCAAACAAUCUGCCCUUCAUGCCCCGUCUCAAUCUCGACUGGUACCUCGAGACUCGGCUGGGGCUGUCCAAGGACUCGGAAGAGUUUAAGGAACUCAGAAAGCACCCGGACUUCUCCGACAUGAUACCUCGGAUCAAAGUCAUUGCCUACGACUGCUGUGCCGCGGUUGGGGCCAUUGGCGACGACUUUAUGCGUGAAAUGGGCGUCCUGACGCCGUCUCCCUCGCCUGAAGGACAGUCCGCCAUACUCCACCGCGUUUUUGGCGACAAUCCCAAAGACCUCGGCGGUAUCAAUGCCGAGAAGAUGGCCGAGGUUAUGCAGGUGUUCUUGCUAUGCGCUCUCCAGGCAACGCAAGCGACUGCCAACGAGCUUAUCGACGCCUCCAGCGUCCAACACCAUACCGUGCGUCUAGACGGUGAUGUGCAUAAGACGCUUUCAGAGUUUGACACGCUGGUUCUACCGAAGCUGAAGGAGUGCAAAGAAUUGGAAUACGAUCUCGGAAUCAAGAAACUCGGAGGCCUCGUUGAGGCAGCCAAGGAGAAGGAAAGUAGGAGCCAAGAAGAGUGCGAAGAGCUGGAUAUGCUGGAGAGGCAGCUUGAGGCCGCAAAGAAAACGCUGCGUGCCAAGGAGGUCGAACUGUUCCCCGACGGCGUUCCAAAGCCGCCAUAUGAGGCUCUCUUUCAGCGAGAAAUGGGGACGCUUCCGAAGUCAGGAACCGGAUCAUGAUGAGUUUCAUGAUCGCUUGCUUUGUUUUUAUCCUGAGCUUGUCUUAGACUCAAUACUGCGUAGAUACCUGGAAUUAUAGUUCAAGUUCAAGCA